CCAGGGAUGCAAAACCAUUCAGGAAUAACAUUAUUCAUCCUGAGGGGACUGACUGAUGAUCCACAGAUGCAGGUUCUGCUUUUUAUUUUUCUCUUUCUUACCUAUAUGUUGAGUGUUACUGGGAACCUGACCAUUAUCACCCUCACCUUGGUGGAUCCCCACCUGAAAACCCCCAUGUAUUUUUUCCUUCGAAAUUUUUCUUUUUUAGAAGUUUCAUUCACAACUGUCUGUAUUCCCAGAUAUCUAUACAGCAUGUCAACUGGGGACAAUACUGUGACCUACAAUGCAUGUGCCACUCAAUUAUUUUUUGGCAUACUCCUUGGGUCAACAGAACUUUUUCUUUUGUCUGCCAUGUCUUAUGACCGCUACGUGGCCAUCUGCAAACCUUUGCAUUACACAACCAUCAUGAGCAGCAAAGUCUGUCACCAGCUACUCCUGACUUCUUGGGUAGCUGGGCUGUUGAUCAUUCUCCCACCACUCUGCCUGGGCCUCAAAUUGGAAUUCUGUGGCUCCAAUGUCAUUGAUCAUUUUGGCUGUGAUGCAUCACCACUUCUGAAGAUCUCAUGUUCUGAUACAACUUUCAUAGAAAAGUUGGUUAUAAUCUGUGCUGUCUUGGCACUCAUCAUGACCUUAAUCUUAGUGGUUCUAUCAUAUGCCUACAUUAUCAGGACUAUUAUGAGAUUCCCCUCUGCCCAGCAAAGGAAAAAGGCCUUUUCUACCUGUUCCUCCCACAUGAUUGUGGUCUCCAUGACUUACAGCACCUGCAUCUUCAUCUACAUCAAGGCUCCUGGAAAGGAAGAGCUUGCUUUAAAUAAGGCAGUAUCAGUGCUUGUGACUUCAGUGGCCCCUGUGAUGAAUCCCUUUAUUUACACCCUGAGGAACAAGCGGGUCAUACAAGCCUUUAAGGACUUUGUUAAAAGGAUUGCAUUUGUCACAAAGGUAUAG